AUGAUACUACUUGAUGGUUGUUUCAUUAUUGAGUUGUUCCGCAAGUCUGAAAUCUACAAGAAAACAAGACAAGAGGAAUAUGACCCAAUCUUUCAAACGGAGUGGAUGGUUUCUACAAUAGCUCGUGAUCUGCUGUUAUUUGAAAAUCAACUUCCAUUAUUCAUUCUUUCUAAAUUGUUCGGUAUGAAUGAGAGUAACGGAUCUAGAAAUUUAGAAGAACACUUUGUUCAUAUUGAGGAGAAAGAUGGAAUUAGUGUUGGAAGCUCAACCUCCACAGUUCAAAUUAUCCCGACACAACUUAAUGAUCUUGUCCUUGGCUUUUUCUCUAGCUUUUUACCGUUUCAAUGGAAUGUCGAAACAUCAACUUAUAAUUCGACCGAAAAGAUUGAGCAUCUACUUCAUCUGACGGAUGAAGCUCUCACCCAUUCACUUCUAAAAAUAGUAUAUAAAAAUUUAGAGUUUGGGUUUAGAUUCAAGAAUGCAGCGUUUGAGCAUCUCCUUGGUGGCAUACAUGCAACCAUUUGUAUUUCAAUACUUGAUAUAGGAAUAGAUCAUGCCAAAGAAUGUCAAGAGGCAGGAGUCAAACUCAAGAAGGCAGAGAUAUUUAAGCACCUAUUUGGUCUGAUUUGUAAAGCUGCCAUUCCUUUACUUGCAAAAAUGAAAAGUACGAGGAAGGCAAUCUCUUAUUUUAGUGAAUGUCAGAGAUUGAAAACUGGAUCUAGAAGUCAAUACCUCAAAGAGCUUCGUGAGGCAGGAGUCAAGUUCCACAAGGCAAAGAAAUUUAAGCGUCUACAUGCUCUUAGGGAGAUUGAUGACCGGAGCAUACAUAGUGCCACAGAGCUUGAAGAGGUUGGAGUCAAAUUCAAGAAGGACGAGAAAUCUAACUUGGUUUCCAUAAAGUUCAACAAUGGGCUAAUGGAGAUUUCACCUUUGAGCAUAGAAGAUCGUACAGAGACUUAUUUAUGGAAUCUAAUUGCAUAUGAGCACUACUGUGAUCCACAAAAUGGCUCGAAUUAUGUCUACAACUAUGUGUGCUUCAUGGACCGUCUCAUUAAGUCUCCAAAGGAUGUUGAAUUACUUUGUCAAAAAGGAAUUAUCAGUAAUUGUUUGGGAGAUGAUGAAAUUAUUUCCGCCAUGGUUAACAAGCUUGCUCACCAUGUCGCUUUUUCGACCAGCAUUUAUGCUAGAACUUUCAUGAACCUGAACAUGCAUUGCAGGUGA